AUGUCACUACCUUCGCAUGUCUCCAUGGAAUCGGCUGCGCUUCUGGAGCCUCUUUCUGUUGCGAUCCAUGCAACAAGAAGAGCCCAGAUCGAGCAGGGUGACACGGCCAUUGUUUUUGGCGCAGGCACAGUCGGCCUUCUGACAGCUGCGAUGGCCAAGGUGUCUGGCGCCACAACCGUUGUCAUCGCAGACAUCGACUAUGGGCGAAUCAACUACGCCUUGGCGAACGGCUUCGCCCACAAGGGCUACAUCGUGACCCCACAAAAGCAUGGUAACGAGACCGCUGAGAAGUUCGCCGUAGCCAAGGAGUUGGCUGCCGAUGUUAUGCAAAUUGCAUCCCAGAACGAACCAGACUUUGAAGGUGCUGAUGUCACCUUUGACUGUACCGGAAAGGAAAUCUGCAUGCAAGCUGGACUAUAUGCGACAAGGCCGGGCGGCAAGCUCAUCAUGGUCGGAAUGGGUACGCCAGUUCAGACACUACCCAUGUCAGCAUCUCAUCUGAAAGAGGUCGACAUCAUUGGCAUCUUCCGCUACGCCAACACCUACCCCACUGGUAUCAAGAUCUUGUCUGCCGGUGUACUUCCGAGUCUUGACAACAUGAUCACUCACAGGUUCCAUGGAUUGACGUCGACAAAGGAAGCUUUCGAGCUCGCGGGCAAGACUGUCGACAAAGACGGCAAGCUUGUUCUGAAAGUCCUCGUCGAGAUGUAA